AUGGAGUCCACUGACCCAAAAUUGAACCGGUUUCUUCAUCAGCUACAAGCUGAAACUCAACGUCAGAAAUUCACCGAACAGGUGCAUACAUUAACAAGUAGAUGUUGGGAUAUGUGUUUUACGGACUACAGGCCACCAAGUAAAUUAGACGGAAAGACACAAACCUGCCUGAGCAAUUGCGUCAAUCGAAUGAUUGAUGCGAGCAAUUUUAUGGUAGAACAUUUGCAGAAACUGGAAACUGGCGCUAGCAGAAUUUCAUAA